GGUGACUUGUCGUUUACAGUUUAUGUUAUUUACGUUUCCUUAGAAGCUGAGAUGGCGAGUAAACUGUCUAUUCGUAAGGCACAGGUACACGUGCCGAACACGUGUGCGUGGUGUGAUAGUGUACAGGAUAUAAACUGGUACUGUAAUGACUGUCAGGAGGCUUUGUGUGACAAAUGUAAGGAGGAGACCCAUCAGCGCGCGAGGAGGACAAGAAAUGACGACGUUGUACCGAUAAAGCAGGCGAACAAAACCGGCCAGACGGUACUACCAGAGGUAUGUAAGGUACACCCCGGUAAAACAUGCGAUCUGUUCUGUACAGAGUGUAACGUCGCCAUCUGUUCAAUGUGUUUUACAACGAAACAUAAACAGCACGCAUUCAAACAUUUUGAAGACGAAAUUAACACCCAGAAACAUAACAUGCGUGAGCAGUUGGAAACAUUAAAAUUCAAGUUAGAUCAGCUCAAUGAGAAGUUAUCAAACCGUCGGCAAAAGAGUAAAACAUUCAAAGAAAGUGUCGAUAUUAUCUGUAAAGAUGUCAAAGAGCGAGGAAGAAAGUUGAAGGCAGAAAUAGAUUCUAUAGUGGACAAUGUCCUUGCUGAAUUAUCAUCACUGGUUGCUGAAGAAGACAAACUCCUUAAAGAGGAUUGUGAACAUGAUGAUAAAUGUGUCAAACAAAUAAAGCAGCUGAACGAAGAAGUGGAGCAGCUGUCGGAAAAUCCAUCAAGUGGAACUUUGUUUGAGCUGACGAGGAGACUUAGGACCACUAUACCGCUUUAUGACGUUACUGGUACGAGUAUACAUCUAUACCUACCAAGUUUUGAAACCGGACAAAUUGAUACAGAACAGUUGACAAAAAUGAUCGGAUUUGUUAAGGCCGGGAGUAGGAAUGAUUCAACGCCCAUGUAUGAGAAGAAGGAAAUCAAUAACCAGCAUGUCCGGAAACUUACUACAUUCCAAACCCCUCCAAACAAGCCCAUAUUUUCAAUAUGUCCAAUAGACGACACCUAUGCAUGGAUAUCAAUGUUUGAGUGUCUGGACCUGCUCCGAGUCAAUAAAAAGGGAAACGUAACGGAGACUGUGAAGCUUGAUUUUACACCUUGGAGUUUGGCUUUGACCAACUCUGGACUACUGAUGACUCGAACGGAUCAGUCACCGUUGAUACACAAACUGUCUGAGGACAGACGGGUGACGACCUUUGCUGAGAUAAGUCCAUUAAAGGCCUCUAGUAUCAGUGUUAGUGACACAGACGAGGUGUUCGUUAGUACUGGUACUACAACAAUACUGGUACUGAACAUAAUCGGGGACAAGGUUAGACAAAUCUCGUGUGGACAUGUCGGGAAACGUAUAGCUAGUUUGACCGGAGGGAAUGUCGCUGUUACCACUGGAGGUGGUUACUGUAAAGAACUGAAUAUCAUCGACAGAUCAGGUCAGAUCGUACACACGUGGAGUGGAGAACUGGACAAUGGUCAGAAACUAUCCAUGACGAUUCAGAAUAGUAUAGCAUGUGAUAAAUAUGACAGAGUAUUUGUUCCAGACUUAGUUACUCAUCAGGUAUACGUCAUCUCACGGAAUGAGAGAAAGGCAAAAUGUAUCCUGGACGAGAAACACGGAGUACGAAAUCCAUUGGCAGUAGGUGUAGACAGGUGUGGACAUGUUUGGAUCGGCUGUGGUAAUGGUACAGUAUAUGUUAUGCAACUCUAAUCAACCAGGAGAAACAGCUGUAGAUAAACUAUUGAUGGUGGGAUACUUCAAUACCUGUUCCUUACAAUGACAGUUGAACUAUUUGUCGACUGUUGCGAUUGUUAGGUUUUAUACUUGUACAUAAACCCCACUUCAUUUGACCUUUUCUUAAAACGAUUACUUUACCUCCUCAAAUUGCUUGUCCCGUUUUUCUUGUUUUAUAAUUGUCGAUACAAGUAACAAGAACCUGAAAGCGAGUAAUUUAGAUGUUCUGUUUUUAACCGAAGGUGGCAAUACAUUCAUCGAUGAAAUGACGGUCUGCAUAUGUUUUAAUCACUUGACUUUUAAAGUAGAACCUGUCUGUCCUUAUCAUAGCCUUACUCACCCGACCAAUCAGUGUCUAGUUUACCUCUUGCCCGUGUAUGAUUGAUGCAGUUAGGAAUAUAGGAAUAAAUUAAUCAAUCACGUGAGGUACCGAGUCAAAUGUCUCUAAGUCAAAACCAACAGUAGAUGUAUUGUGUCAGUAACAUCGGCCUGAUAGUGAUUAUUUUGUCUUUUGCUCACUUAGAUACCCCCAUCCUAUUUCUCCACCUUCAUCCGUAAGCUUCUGCUAGAAACUAUUUUAUCAAAUAAAUAGAGGAUAUUGAAUGGUUUCCCGUUUAAUAUAACAUUUAUUUCACGAGUA